AAUCAAUGUUCCGUAAAAAAUUCUUUGGAAGCGUUUAUAAGAACCAACAAUUUAAUGUAAAAUCGUGUAAUGAACAUUUAAUUUAAUUCAUUUAUAAAUCAGUUAUAUUAAUCUAAGGUAAACUUGCAAAGAAAAUGUCAGGCAAAAAGGAUUCGACAAAGCCUAAACUACACAAGACAACGAUUAACCAUACAGUCGGGAAACCUGUAUACGACUCGAGUGUUGCGAAACGUUUGGAUGAAGAAAAGAGAGAAUCGAAGGAGAAAGACAAGCGGAUAGAAGAAUUGGAAAAGGAAUUAUCGAGAGUGGAAAAAAAGCUUAAAAAGGAAACAGCUGAAAGAGAAAAGUUAAACCAUGAACAUGACAAGAUGAUAUCAGAUUUGAAACAUGCUCGUGGAAAAAAUCUUGAUAAAACUUUAAAAGAGGAAAACGACAGACUGAAACAUGAAGUUGACAAAAUAAUAAUAGAGAAGGAGGAUCUUGGAAAAGAAGUCGAUCGUUUGAGAACAAAUUUGAGUAAAGUAGCUGGGGACAAAAUGAUGGACGGCAAUCCUUAUGUAACUGAUCUGAGUGACCCAAACCGACCACAGAGAUUAGCAGAGAAAUUCAACUGUCUAUACGAUAACUCAUGGACUGAUGCAUACGAAAUCCUGUUAGCGAAGAACAAAGAUGAAAAAUCCAUUUGUGAAAUUUUAUUGAAAAUUUUAGAGGCAUGUUGGAGGUUUUGUUCUGGAGUUUCAAAACACCAGUUUUCCAGUUUACAAAAAGCUUGUAUGGAACCUGUUACAAUCUCUACUGAGAUGAAAGAAGACUCUGGUGCCUAUACAAAACACCUCACGGACGCAAGACGGUCAUGUGCUCGAACGUUUAUUCCAUUGAUGUGUCAGCACUUUUGGGAAAAGGAAAUGAAUAAAGACCAUAAAAAAGACGAAACAUUGAAACCCUAUGUAGACGCCUGCCUUGAACUCUUUUGGUACAGUGCAAUUACUGAUCCACCUCUAUAUUAUUCAUUUACUGCUGAUAAUCUUGACAACUUCAGGGGAUAUACAAAAAAUGGUGAUGAAGUGGACUUUAUUGUAUGGCCGGCAAUGUAUUUGCAUGAAAACGGCCCGCUUUUGUAUCAAGGAGUAGUCCAAUAUAAAUAG